AUGUUAUUGCCAAAACUUCGGUGUUUGUUCACCGUAGGAAGGUUGAAUCCAGCGGUUACGGCAUGCUACCACUCACAGAAGGGUGUCUACGGAUACAAACCGUUAAAGAAACAUGAUUCGACCCAGGUCAGCCAGAAUGUGAUCUCUAACAGAGCACAGAAUGCUAAUGUGUACCGGUUAGUGGAAGCCUAUAGAAAGUAUGGUCAUAGACAAGCCAUGCUGGAUCCUCUUAGACUGCAGACUGUUGAGGAUGUACCAGAGCUGUGUCCCUCAAAGUAUGGUUUGUCAGUUGACAGCCAGGACAGUUUCUCUACAGAGGGCAUCUUAUGUACCGACCAGGGUACAAUGACUCUGUCUCAGAUGGUAAAGUUUCUCGACAAGGAGUACUGUGGACCCAUAGCUGCAGAGUUUGACCAUCUAGAGACAGAGGAAGAACGCAACUGGUUUGCAGAAGCAUUUGAAUCAAAAAGAAACAAAGAAUUCUCUCCUGAUCAGAAGAUUUCCUUGGCAACACUUAUGUUGAGAUGCCAGGCAUUUGACCAUUUCCUGGCAAACAAGUUCACAACAGUGAAACGAUAUGGAGGGGAAGGAGGUGAAAGUAUGAUGGGGAUGUUUAAAGAGAUUUUCCAGAAGAGCUCAGAGAGUGGAGUGUCAGAUAUAGUGAUAUGUAUGCCCCACAGAGGACGGUUAAACUUCCUUACCUGUAUGUUGCAAUUCCCUCCUGUCAUCAUGUACCAGAAGAUGAAAGGUAUGACAGAGCUUCCACCAGGUGCCGUAGGGACUGGAGAUGUUCUUUCUCAUUUAUAUACAUCAACUGAUCUGGAAUAUGGCAGUAACAAUGUACAUGUUUCCCUGAUUCCAAACCCUUCCCACUUAGAGGCAAACAACCCAGUAGCUGCAGGAAAGGUGAGAGCCAAACAGCAGACUCUAAGAGAGGGAGACUACUGUGAUGAAGAAGGGACGUCCCCUGGGGACAAGGUGCUUUGCCUACAGGUGCAUGGUGAUGCCUCCUUUUCUGCUCAGGGUGUUGUUGCAGAGACAUUUGCGUUUGCUGAAUGUCCUCACUUCAGAGUCGGAGGCAGUGUUCAUCUCAUCAUCAACAACCAGGUUGGAUUUACAACGGAGGCAGAACGUGGCAGGUCCUCUAGAUACUGCAGUGAUUUGGCCAAAAUGAAUGGUUACCCAGUUCUUCAUGUAAAUGCUGAUUCCCCAGAGGAUGUUAUGAGAGCCACCACUAUAGCCAUGGACUACAGAAACAAAUUUCGUAAAGAUGUCAUCAUUGACUUCAUAUGCUUCCGGAAGUAUGGACACAAUGAGAUUGACGAUCCUUCGUUUACCCAGCCCAUCAUGUAUCGUACCAUCAACAGUCGCACCAGUAUACCAGACAUGUAUGCCAACAAACUUGUGGAUGAGGGUGUGUGUGGACGGGAUGUGCUGGACAAGGCUAUCCAGGAGUGGUCAGAGACUCUGGCCAAGGACAUGAGUGCAGUGGACACACACAUUCCUCAGCAGCGACAUCUUCAGCAACAAUGGUCAGGACUGGUUCAGGCAUCAGACUCUGUAACAACAUGGGACACAGGUGUGGCAUCAGAUAUCCUCAAGUUUGUUGGAGCCAAGUCAGUUGACAUUCCUUCUGACCAGAAUGUGCACCCCACUAUACAGAAGACCCAUGUGGAGCGGCGUCUACAGAGAAUAACUGAGGGCAAUGACCUAGACUGGGCAACAGCUGAGGCGCUGGCAUUCGGGUCACUCCUGUACCAAGGCUUCAAUGUACGGAUCAGUGGACAAGAUGUUGGGCGUGGCACAUUCAGUCACAGACAUGGGAUGAUUGUUGACCAGGAGACAGAUAACAUUGUCAUACCCCUCAACCACAUGUCUGAUCAUCAGAAAGGCUACAUGGAGGUGGCCAACAGUGCACUGACUGAGGAAGCAGUCCUUGGCUUUGAGUAUGGCAUGAGUCUUGAGAACCCCAAUAACUUAGUCAUCUGGGAGGCCCAGUUUGGAGAUUUCUUCAAUGGAGCCCAGAUUAUCAUUGAUACUUACAUUGCCAGUGGAGAAGACAAAUGGCUCUUACAGUCAGGACUGGUUAUGUUACUACCUCAUGGUAUGGAUGGAGCCGGACCAGAACACUCAUCUUGUCGUAUGGAAAGGUUCCUACAGAUGUGUGACAGUAGUGAACAUAAGGUUGACAGCGAUCAAGUCAACCUUCAGGUGGCAAACCCCACAACUUCUGCGCAGUACUUCCACUUAUUGAGGAGACAGAUGGUAAGAAACUAUCGUAAGCCCCUGGUUGUAGUUGCCCCAAAGGUCCUACUGCGUCUGUCAGCUGCCACAUCCUCACUCUCAGAUAUGACACCUGGUACUAGUUUUAAGCCUGUCCUUGGAGACCCAGGGGUAAAAGGAGACAAAGUCGCUAAGGUCAUAUUCUGUACAGGCAAGCAUUUCUACAACCUUCAGAAAGAAAGGGACAGUAAAAAUCUCCAGGACACUGCCAUUAUACGACUGGAGAGCCUGUGUCCAUUCCCUACAGCAGAACUACAGGCAGAGCUUGUUAAAUUUCCAAGUGCAAAAGAUUUUGUGUGGAGCCAGGAGGAGCACCGUAACAUGGGGGCUUGGACAUUUGUCUCUCCUAGAUUUGAAAACCUAGUGGGACGUAAGCUUCGAUAUGUUGGUCGCGAUCACUUGGGCUGCCCAGCCACUGGGAUCGGGGAAGUUCAUCGGGCUGAAGCACAACAACUUCUGCUGGACACCUUCAGUUGACCAUUCCUGUAGACUGCUAACUGCUGUUCAUGUAAUGCACCUGUAUGUUUGUAACUUAAUUGUGCAUGGUACCGAGAUGUUGCUACUUAACAAGGCUUUAUGUAACAAAGAAAUGACAGAGACUGUCUGUUGUAAGAAGACCGUUUUAAUUUUUUUUCUAAGAGAAUAAUCAGAUUUGUGUUUUAUAAACAAGAAUUAGUAAUGACAAUCAGAAGGAUUAAGCUAGUUUGGUUUGUCACAAAUGCUGUUAUUUAGUCAUGUCAUAAAAUUAAAUUGUUUGGCAAGCUUCAAAAUUAGGUGUUGCUCAGAAAAACCAUAACUUUGCCUUCUUAAGUAACAUGGUUUACUUUUGUAAUAAAUGUCUCUUUGUAAAAAAAUUACCAAAAUAUCUACAAAAUUAUGAAUUCAAGAUAUUCAAUUUUCAUUUUGGUCAGAAAGUUAUGAUUUACUUUGAAGGCUCAAUAUUUUUUUUUUUCUUUUUUAUCUUUUAUGUAUACAGUGGAAUGGAAUAUUGUCACAUUUUAUUGAAGUUACUCUUUGCGAAGUCAGGCCAAAUCCACCUUUUUAAAGCUGCAAGUUUUCAGUCUGGACAGGAAACCAUUUGUCAUUUGUUAUCUUCACAUUAAUAGGCCCCUCAAUACCCUUAGUGUAGCUAUCUAGUGAUGUUAUUUGAUCACCUAAUUGAAUGUUGUCACAACCUCACGUCAUUGUUAUAUUAUACCAAUAUUUUAACAGAUAGUAUUUGUUUUUGAAUAGCGUUCACAAAUCAUGAAUGUAAUAUACAUAUAUUUAUUAAAUCCUUACAAAUAUACAAAACAUUUUAGGAAUGUGGAAUUUUUUUUUGAUGCUGAUGCCCAUUACAUUUUGACAGUGCUUGGCUGUUUCAGUAAGCAAAGGGUUAACUAGUACCUAGUGUCAUUUUAAUCAGGACUACCCAAGUACACACAGAAGUUACUUGUCAACCAGUACCUGGGGUUUAAAUAGACAUCCUACGCCUUUUCCAGAUGCUGUAUGAAACCAUUUAAAAGCCUUUGUGUAAUGUAUUGAAUUUCAGAUGUUGAAAAUGCUUACGUUUUUUCUUCUUGUUUGUAAGAACAUUUACUUUGGACCUAAGUGUGGUUUUCAGAAUGGGAAAUACAACUAUUGAAGGAGUUGAUUUGAACUUCUCAAUAUACCUGUUGCUUUUUAGGAAAUAUUUAAAUUUUAUGUUUGGAAUUUAUGUCAAAGGGGUCAGAUUAGAUUUUGAUAUUGAUGGUACUUCUGAAUUGGCAUUAAUUAAAAGAUAUGCUGGCAUGGUAAACAAUAUUGGCAUGACUUGAUAUAUGUAUUUUAAAACUUAAAGAGUUUAUUUGAAAUUACAAACAAUUUAAGUUUGAAUGGAUUUUAUUUACACUGCUACUAAACAGAUUUCAUUGUGAUAUUAAUAUAUUUAGAGAUGCUCAUGUAUUUAGAUUUGUUUCCAUUGAUAUGCAAUUAGGACCUUACAGUCAUAAACCAAUAUAAAGCAAGUGAUGUCUGGAUAUAAUGUAACUGAUGGUGAAUGGA